AUGUCAGAAACUGAGCUGGAAAAGAUAAAAGUAAGAACAGCUGAGCAUUUUGAAAAUGAUAAAAAUAACAUUUCUUGGUUAAAGGAAGGAUUAUCCAGCUCAAUUCAAAAUCCUCUUGGAGAUCCUGAUACGCAACUCACAAAUGAAAAGCAUGCAGACGAGAAACCCAUUAAUGCUAUCAUUAUAAAUUCAGUAUCCGAAUUCAAUAUCACAGAUGGACCAGCCAAGGAAACCCCCAGUGAGAAAAAACUGUCAGAAUCCAGCACAUCACUGUCCUCCCUUGAAGAAUGCCAAACGAAAUUUUCCUACCUCCAAACUGAUACUUCAGUUCAUCAGAGAGACACUGAUGAGGAGUGUGCCUCCCUUAUCCUCACCUGUCUGUUUUGCCAGUUUUGGGACUGUCUCCUGAUGCUCCCAGAUACUUGUGAAAUGGUGUGUACCAACCUGUGCUGCCCCUCUCACGGAUAUCACCACACCUCGGAUGAAAGUCACGCUUGGAAUGAUUGCAACUGCAACUGUGACGUGGACUGCAGCCUGUUUGAAUCUUGCCACGAGACCAGCGAGUGUCUGGAGCUGGCCAUGGAGAUUUCGGAAAUCUGUUACCGUUAG